CCAUCUAUUGUGCAUACGACGGCGACAGCUCGCACCCAUCGAUCGCUUCUGAUCUGCUCUGAUCUCGGAUAUCUUGACCCCAUCCACCUGCUUGCCUUGAUCGCCACGCACGCGGCCGCCCGGACCCUCCUACCUGCCUCGUGUUGCGCCCCGCCUGCCCUGCUACCUGCACCUGCGCCCCCCGCCACCGCCCCUGCCACAACAUGACGCCCAAGGACUGGGCCGACGACGUCGAGGACGACGAGGACGAGGCGACGUCUGACCUUGCCAAGCGUCUCGGUGCGAAGCUGCCCGACCCGUCGGACGCAGAGCCUACAUCUACAACCACCGACUCGCCCGCCGUAGCGUCUCUGGCCUCCCGUAUCGGCGGCCUCUCGACAGACGCCCAGCCCGCUCCUGUUGCUUCCAAGGACAAGGAGCGCCCCCGUCUCAACCCCCAGGCUCCUCUCUUUGCGCGAUCCCUCGCCGGCGUCAAAGCCGACAGAACGACACCUUCCUCGGCCGCACCCGCUGAGGACAAGCCGGCUGCGGCGACCACCAUCCCAGCAGCACCUGCAACCGCGACACCCUCCUCCGACGACAAGAAGGAAAAAGCCGCUGAGAUGAACGACGACGGCUGGGGACCUGGCCCCACCAACGGCGACGACGCCUCGGCCAAGAUGGACGCCGCGUCCGGCCUCAUCUCGAGCGACUCGCGCUUCGAGGUCGAGGUCAAGCUUGCCGACCUGCAGGCUGACCCCAACUCGCCCCUCUACUCGGCCAAGACGUUUGAGGAGCUGCCCCUUCACAAGGACCUUCUCAAGGGUAUCUACGCGGCGGGAUUCACCAAGCCCUCCAAGAUCCAGGAGAAGGCCCUCCCUCUUCUCCUCGCCAACCCGCCUACCAACCUCAUCGGCCAGAGCCAGUCUGGAACGGGAAAGACGGCUGCCUUCACCCUCGACAUGCUCAGCCGCGUGGACCCCGCGCUCAUGACGCCCCAGGCAAUCUGUGUUGCGCCCUCGCGUGAGCUGGCGCGCCAGAUUCAGGAGGUCGUCGACAAGCUUGGCCAGUUCACCCAGAUCAAGACCUUCCUCGCCGUCCCUCAAUCGUGGCAGAGGAAUGUCAAGAUUGACAAGCACAUUCUCAUUGGUACCCCCGGCACCAUCUACGACAUGAUCAGUCGCCGUGGCCGCAUCUUUGACGAGAAGAUGAUCCGCGUCUUCGUCCUCGACGAAGCCGACGAAAUGAUCCAGCUCCAGGGCCUCGGUGACCAGACCUUCAACAUUAAGAAGCUCCUGCCCCCCGACACGCAGCACGUGCUCUUCUCGGCAACCUUCCCCGACCACGUCCGCACCUUUGCCCAGCUGUUUGCCCCCAACGCCAACCACAUCUACCUCAAGCAGGAAGAGGUGACGGUCGACGCCAUCAAGCAGCUCUACCUUGUCUGCGACAAUGAGGAGGGCAAGUUUGAAGCCCUCUCGCGCCUUUAUGACUCGAUGACCAUUGGCCAGAGCAUUGUCUUUGUCAAGCGCCGCACGACGGCCGACGACAUUGCCAACCGUCUCAUCAGCGAGGGACACGCCGUGGCCUCGCUCCAUGGUGAGAAGGACCAUGCGAACCGUGAUGAAACACUGGAUGGCUUCCGUAAUGGCAAGACCAAGGUCCUUAUCACUACCAACGUCCUGUCCCGCGGCAUCGACAUCCAGCAGGUCAACAUGGUCGUCAACUAUGACAUCCCCACGAUCGGCCCCGAUAGCAACAGUCAGCCUGACCUCGAGACCUACAUCCACCGUAUCGGCCGCACAGGUCGUUUCGGACGCAAGGGCUGCUCGGUCACCUUUGUGCACGACCAGCGCUCGCAGGACGAGGUCAACGAGAUCAUGGAGCUCACUGGACGGCCGAUGAAGAAGAUUGAUGCGUCCAACGAGGAUGACCUCGACAAGCUGGACAAGGCCCUCAAGGCUGCCAUGAAGGGCCCAAACUAGACUGGGCCGCGCGCACCAGCAUCAGCAAGAGACAUGUGAAAUGACGAGCGACUCUGUAGAUACGAGUGACUGUAGUCUAGGCCGCAUCCGAGCCUCAUUUUCGUAGAUGACUGUACCCCAAAAUGAACAACUUGGGUGUGA